AUGUCAAGUACAACUGAAAGUUCAUCAUUUCUUUCAAAUACAUUAAAACGUCGUCAACAAAAACGACAUGAAGCUACUAAAAUUCUACAAGAAGGUAUUAGUUCACUUAAUCUUUCGCCAACAUCCAAUGAACAACAACAACAACACAUAAAUGAAGGAGGAACUUAUCCACUUUUUAAUAUUGAUCCUGAAUCAUAUUUAUUAGAUGAAGGCGAUGAACGUUCAAUGCUUGAACCAAAUUCAUAUAAUAAUCCUAAUUUUAAACAAACAAUAAAUGUUUUAUUUAAUUGGCUUAAUACAAGUUUAAGUAAAGAAUCAAUUAUAAUUCGAUCAUUUGAAGAUGAUCUAUAUGAUGGUUAUAUACUUGGAAAACUUAUUGAAUAUUAUCAACCAAAUAUUCGAUUACUUCAUCAUGAUAUACCAUUAUCAGAAGAAUCAAAAAAGAAGACACUUGAACGUGUUCUUAAUUAUCUUGAAACGUGUUUCAAUCAACAAAAUCAACCAAUUAAAUGGACAUUAGAACAAAUUUAUAAUCGAGAUUUUAUUGCUAUAUUACAUUUACUUUUAAGUGUUAUGAAAUUUUUUAAUAUAAAAUCACGUUAUGAUUUACCAAAAAAUUUACUUUUAAAAGUAAUUGUUGUUAAAAAAACAAAUGGUUUAUUACAAACAAGAAUUAUUAAUGAAUGUUUUAUUGAUGAUCAAGAAAGAGGAUUAACAUCAGAAGCAUCUAAAAAACAAGGUGAUCUUAUCGAUACUUUAUUUGAUUUAGCACCAGAUAAAUUAGGUAAUGUUGAAAAAAUAUUAUUAAAUUUUAUAAAUAAUCAAUUAAAUCGUUAUAACAUACAUAUAAAACAAAUUGAUAUACAAUACUUUCAAGAUGGAUUAAAUUUACUUUAUUUAAUGUCUAAUCUUGAAAAUUAUUUUAUUAUACUUAAUAAAUAUCAACAUAAAAAACCAUUAUCACGUGACCAAUCAUAUGCUAAUAUUCAAUUAGCUUUUCAACUUAUGAAUCAAGCUGGAAUUGAUAUUGAACAAUAUUGUCGAAUUAAUGAUCUUCUUACAGGAAAUCAAAGAACUUUAUAUCGACUUCUUUUUCAACUUUAUCUCAGAUAUAAUAAAGAUUCAAAUAAUUUAUUGCAAUCAAUUACAUUUCUCCAACCUGUACAUAUUGAUAGUCCAUUUCUAUGA